UGGGAUAUUAAAGUCCAUGUCGGAUACAAAUUAUUCAUCAUAGUCAAGUAGAUUAUAGAUAGAUUCCUUAUCCUAACUUUUACAAAAGCAAAGCUAUCCAAUUCAGCGACCAAAUUGAGCAGGGUGAACACAAAGCCACAAAAUUCAAGUGACGGAGCUGAGAAGUGAGAACCCUGAACGUAAUAAGUGGGAAUAAAAAGAGGAAAAGGGAGAAAAUUAGAUCAUAGAACGUGGAAGAAAGGUAUGGGGUCUUUGAGUUUGAAUCUGAAGGCAUCUGGACCCCAAGGCCCUGGGUUGUUCAGAUCAGGGUCAGGGGUACCGCCAAGGAAGGUGAUGAGGGUGAAAGCUACGAGCGGAGGAGCUAAGUACAAGGGGACGUACAUGAGGGAGAAGCAGCUGGAGGAGAUGAUAGAGAAGAAGGUGAAGGAAGCCAAGGAGGUGUGUGGUGAGGACGAAACGUCCGACGAGUGCAAGGUGGCAUGGGACGAGGUGGAAGAGGUGAGCCAAGCCAAAGCCGAUCUCCGCCUCAAGCUUCAGAAACAACAAGAUCCCCUCGAGUCCUUCUGUCAAGACAACCCCGAAACUGAUGAGUGUCGCAUCUAUGAACAUUGAUUAUAUUCUUCAACUUCUGCAUUCACACCUGUCUUAAUGUUAAUUAAUCACUGUACUUGUAGCAGCACCCAUAUUUGAUGUAACACAAUAAAUGUGUUUGUUUGAUAAUACUAUCUAUUCAAGCAAAAGCAAUCGCCCCUUUACUAUCUAUUCUUGUCUACCACCUUCAGCACUA